UUGUUUACGCUACGCUGGCAGUACUCAGACAUUCUGUACUGUAGUUUAGACUGUAGUGCUACUAGAGAAGUGAAUGAUAAAUCUAGACUAGUAGAUCGUGUACUAAUCUACUAGAUCUAGUACUAACUUACUAUCUACUCAUCUUAGUCUUAGAUUAACUCGUCUAGAUUCACCAAUAUCUAAAUCAAAAGUUAUUAAAUCUAUUACUAGAACUUAGACUUAGACUUAGACUUAGAUCUAGAUCUAUAAUUAUAAUUAUAAAAUGAUUUCCGAUUUAAUACUCUUUGGAACCCUGAUGUUGAAUGCUGGAGCAGUGCUGAAUUUCAAACUGAAGCAGUCCAGAGAAGAUGAAGUUUACAUGCCAAAUGUGGACUCAACGCUAGGAAACAAAAUUCGUGAGUUUCUGCUUAGUCUGAGACAUUUGAGAAUUUUCAUAGCAGUCUAUAACAUUUUCAUCAUAUUUCUGAUGUUAGUAUUCUUUGGCCACUGAUGAUGAGACAUUCAUUAAAGAUUUUAUGACAUUAACAAAAGAUGUUAUGACAUUCACAAGCCCUUUACCAGCAGUUGUAUUUUUUUUUAAAGACUAAUAGUGAUAUGUGCUGGUUGCGUGAGUGUGUGAUGUUUCUUUUAAACCAAGUGUAGUUCAAUUAAAUGUAUUAUGUGUGGGAUGCAGUCAGCUGAUUGAUUGGACUGUCACAUUAAAAUGAAAGUUGUGUAUUGAAUGGAAAAUCUAGAAUGUCACAGAUUUGCUAAAGUAAAAUGGUUGUAUAGAUGUAUUUCAUUGAUUUCUUAUUUUCUAUGUUCAACUUAUCAUUCUCAGCAUACAGUGUAUUGUACCAGGUUCAAAAGUUUAGUUUAUUUUUAAUAUUAUUUCAAAGUAACAAUUUU